UUCAGCAAAUAACACAUUCUGGUCCAACACUAAACCAAUCCCUCUCUCGUAUUUGUUCUUGAAUUUCAAUCUUCAAUAAAAAAUUUAUUUUUCCUUCAUAUCCGAUUAAUUCUUUCUAUCAAAGAUAUAGUUUGAUCCACAUGGGCUCAAACUUGUGCUGCUCUCGUGAUCCAGAUACCACGGAAAGUACUACGGGCAACACCGGUGACCAGAGCUGGCCAACCGGCGACGACAAAUUUCUAUCGGACACAAGAACGUUUUCCGUGAAGGAGCAAGAGCAUCAGCUUAAGGCAGCGAGAUUGGAGGAGCAAAGACUUAGCCGUGAAGCCGAGAAAGUCAACACAUGGGUCAAACAAGAUUCAGCCAGAUUCGACCAUCGUCCAUAGUUGACCAAGCCUUCUUUAUAAGGCUCAUGCAUAAUUUUGUAUAUCUAUGUUCUAUAUGAAAGUAUGAAACACAAACUUAUAAUUAUUAAAGUUGUUUGGUUUAAA